CACUUUAGGGUUUCUUCAUCUCGUUACCUGAACACAGACUCUCUCUCUCUUCGAACACUUCACAGCCGCGGUGCUACCACACGUUGGCCGUUCCUUCAGAUUGUUAUAUUUUUAUUUCUUGGAUAAAACUCAGGCAGGACAAUGGCAUCCCGAUUUUGGACUCAGGGUGACAGUGAAUCUGAGGAAGAGGUGAGUGAUUAUGAUGAAGAGGUAAGUGCUGGGGGAGCAGGUGAAUCGACCACGACAGCUGCUGGAAGCAGAUACCUUCAGGCAAAUGCUAGUGAUAGCGAUGAUUCUGACGGGCAGAAGCGUGUUGUCAGAUCUGCCAAAGACAAACGCUUUGAAGAAAUGUCUUCUACUGUUGAUCAGAUGAAGAAUGCAAUGAAGAUUAAUGACUGGGUCAGCUUGCAGGAGAGCUUUGACAAGCUUAAUAAACAGCUAGAGAAGGUCAUGAGGGUAACGGAGUCUGAAAAGGUCCCAGCCCUUUACAUCAAAGCUCUUGUGAUGUUGGAGGACUUCUUGAGCCAGGCCUUGGCCAAUAAAGAUGCGAAGAAAAAGAUGAGUAGUAGCAAUGCUAAAGCCUUGAAUUCGAUGAAGCAAAAACUGAAGAAGAACAACAAGCAGUAUGAGGAUUUGAUUAAUAAGUGUAGGGAGAAUCCUGAGAGUGAGGAUGAAAGGGAUGAGGAUGAGCAAACAGAGGAUGAUGAAGAUGAGGAUUUGGAGUUUGAGGAGGAUCCAUCUAAGAUUGCCAUGGGGUCAGAUUCAGGGGAGGAGGAUGAGGAUGAAGAAGAUCCUGGUGAUGACCCACAUGAGGUCGGUGGGUCUUGGGUGAAGAUGAUGAGCAAGAAAGAUAAGAUCAUGGACAAGCAGUUCAUGAAGGACCCACGUGAGAUUACAUGGGAAAUAGUUAACAAGAAGUUCAAAGAGAUUGUGGCGGCACGGGGUAGGAAGGGAACUGGAAGGAUUGAACUGGUUGAACAGCUUACCUUCCUGACCAAGGUCGCUAAAACCCCUGCUCAGAAGCUUGAAAUACUCUUCAGUGUUGUUUCUGCGCAGUUUGAUGUAAAUCCAAGUCUUAGUGGUCACAUGCCUAUAAACGUGUGGAAGAAGUGUGUUCAGAAUAUGCUUGCUAUAUUGGACAUCCUUGUCGAGUAUCCCAACAUUGUGGUUGAUGACACGGUGGAGCCGGAAGAGAAUGAAAGCCAAAAAGGAGCAGACUUCAAUGGGACGAUUCGAGUUUGGGGAAAUUUGGUGGCCUUCCUUGAGAGGAUAGAUGUUGAGUUCUUUAGGAGUUUGCAAUGCAUUGAUCCACACACUCGUGAGUAUGUGGAAAGGCUCAGGGAUGAGCCUAUGUUCUUGGUUCUUGCUCAGGAUGUCCAGGAAUAUCUAGAACAGAUUGAGGAUUACAAGGCUGCUGCAAAGGUAGCACUAAAGCGGGUUGAACUCAUAUAUUAUAAACCGCAAGGGGUAUAUGAUGCUAUGAGGAAGUUGGUUGAGCAGACGGAAGCUGGAGAGAAUGGGGAAGGAGAGGUAGGUGAGGAACCCAAAGUGGUUGAGGAAAGUAGGGGCCCGCCUGCAUUUAUUGUUACUCCUGAGCUAGUGCCUCGCAAACCCACUUUUCCAGAGAACAGCAGGACGUUGAUGGAUUUACUAGUGUCACUAAUAUACAAGUACGGAGAUGAGCGAACGAAGGCCCGAGCAAUGCUGUGUGACAUAUACCACCAUGCUGUACUGGAUGAAUUUUCAAACUCCCGUGAUUUGUUGUUAAUGAGUCAUUUGCAGGAUAGUAUCCAGCAUAUGGACAUUUCAACCCAGAUACUUUUUAACCGGGCUAUGGCACAGCUUGGUCUAUGUGCAUUUAGGGUCGGGCUCAUUGCUGAAGGACAUGGUUGCCUUUCUGAACUGUAUUCAGGUGGUAGAGUGAAGGAAUUACUUGCACAAGGUGUCUCCCAAAGCCGAUAUCAUGAGAGGACUCCUGAACAGGAACGGUUGGAAAGGAGGCGGCAGAUGCCAUACCACAUGCACAUAAAUCUUGAGCUUCUGGAGGCUGUCCAUCUAAUAUGUGCAAUGCUGCUGGAAGUUCCCAACAUGGCAGCCAACAGCCAUGAUGCCAAGCGCAAAGUCAUAAGUAAGACUUUCCGGCGAUUACUUGAGGUGAGCGAGAGACAAACGUUUACUGGCCCCCCUGAAAACGUAAGGGACCAUGUAAUGGCGGCCACCAGAGCUCUUAGCAAGGGAGACUUCCAGAAAGCGUUUGAUGUCAUCAAAUCCCUUGAUGUCUGGAGGCUCCUCAAGGACCGAGAGAAUGUUCUUGAGAUGGUCGGGGCCAGUAUCAAGGAAGAGGCCUUGAGAACCUAUCUUUUCACUUAUUCAUCAUCCUAUGAUUCUCUGAACUUGGAUCAGCUUGCAAAGAUGUUUGAUCUUUCAGAUGUCCAGACCCACAGCAUUGCGAGCAAAAUGAUGGUCAAUGAGGAGCUCCAUGCUAGUUGGGAUCAGCCAACACGGUGCAUGGUCUUCCAUGAUGUUGAGCACACAAGGUUGCAGGCUCUGGCAUUCCAGUUGACAGAGAAGCUUUCAAUACUGGCAGAAAGUAAUGAGAGGGCAACAGAGGCAAGGAUAGGUGGUGGUGGGUUGGACAGCCUGCCCAUGAGGCGGAGGGAUGGCCAAGACUAUGCUGCUGCAGCGGCCUCUUCUGUUGGUGGUAAGUGGCAAGACAACUUGUCAUUCUCACAGAGGCAAGGCAAUACCAGUGGGCGAUCGGGGUAUAAUGCUGGUGGUGGGAGAUCAUUGGCUCCAGGCCAAACUUCCGGGGGAGGCUAUUCUAGAGACCGGGUGGGUCAGUCAAGAGGAACGGGAGGGUAUUCUGCUGGCUACCAAAGCACACGGUAUCAAGAUGCUGCAUAUGGAAGAACUUAUCAGACUGGUUUGACAAGGGGUUCACAGAUGGAUGCUUCAACACGAAUGGUCAGUCUUAAUAGGGGUGUUCGUGCUUAGUGAGAUCCAAAUAUCUAGUUCAUCGACUGCUUUUUGAGUUGAAGGCAUUGUUAUUGGUUUACUGUUUCUCGGCUCUAUUAUUCAUUUGCUGUUUCUGAGUCCCGAGUAACUAUAAUUUUAUUGUACUAAAAUUUUGUCUCUGUUUUGAAAUUCUCAAUGGAGUUUGGAUUAUUGGAAUUCGUUAUUGGCAAGUUUUUUCUUUUUCA